CGAGCAAAGGUUAUUUGGCAUCAAAUUUCUAAGAAGAAUCUUUAAAUAAGAAGGAACGGCUUUCCUAAACCAAUUCUGUUGGUACCAGGUGUCAUCGUGUACAAUGGCUGUUGCGAAGGGGGAUUGUGUUGCGGUUUUAUCAACAAUUUUCCAAUGGUUUGGUUUGUUUUGCUCUCGUUCACCUGUGGAAAUCUUGGUUGUGUGGCUGACGACAUUUGCUUGUUUUCUCACCUUGGGUCUUUACGAACUUUCUCUUAUUCCUAAUUUUAAAGAUCUUGAUUCAAACUUGGCCGAGGAUCAUUUGAAGACGUGGGCAUUUGGGACAACAAGUUAUGUUUUGAUGAUUUCAUAUCUAUAUUAUCGAUGCAAAAAAUUGGUUACCCAAGAAUCAAGAGCUCUUGUUGGAAUGACCAUCAUGCAUAUAAUUGUGUCAUCAUUGAUAUUUAUUUCAACAAUGCUUGCUCUGUUUGGUAGAGAUUGGACACAUAUCAGAGAGGCAUUGCCAUUUUGUAUUCUUUUGAUCGAUAUUAAAAAAGUGAAUGUGAUUGAAAAACUAGUUUUGUCUUCAACAUCUAUGGAGGAUGUCCAUUUGAAAAUAUCCAAAGGUUCUGGCAAGAUUGGACCAACACUUACAUUGAAUACCAUUGUUGAAGCUUUGGUCAUUUUGAUUGGGACAUAUUCAGGAGUGAAAUCAAUCGAGAUUCUGUGCAUUCUUGUAGUAGUUGCAGUUAUUGUAAAUUAUCUUGUAUCAGUGAGUUUUGUACCCGCUGCUCUAUCACUUUAUGCUGAGUUAAGUCAUGUUGACAGUUACAAUGAAGGGAAAAAACUACCUGAGAAAAAAACAGAUGAAAAUGUUAACUAUAUAUCCAAUCCAGUUGUGCAACAAGUUAAAAUGAUAAUGUCAAUUGGUCUAGGAAUGGUCCAUAUACAUCUGUACAUGUCAUCAUUGGGAGAAAACAGCCGUGUAACUUUGGGAAGCAUGCCUUUACAUAAUAUUUGGGGACUUGGUGACAUGUCAACUGAACAGGUGAUUACUGUGACACUGGCUCUUAUUUUUGCUGCAAAGUACAUAUUUGAGAAUGACUAUGUACGUUCGUCCACAAAAACAAUCCAAAAUGGUGAAUUGUUUGAUGGUACAUUGAAAAAUGGCACUUUGAAGAAUGGCCUUGUUAAAAAAGGCAGUUUUAAUUAUUUAAAUGGCAAUCUGUCAAGAGUGGAAAACGAUCCUGACAGUAUGACUAUUGCAAGAAAAGCAUUGUUCACAAUCGGUGAAGGAUUACAAGAAAAAGUUUCUGCUUUGGUCAGCUCUGCAACUAUGGCUGCAAAGUCUGCCACUUUAGACAAUUCAAAUCUUGAUGGUGAUACAGAUGAAGAAAUAUUAAGAAAAAUUGAUGCAAAGUCAGUUGCCCUGCAUCAGUUGGAGAAGAGGUUGACUGAUUUGACUCGAGCUGUAAACAUAAGGAGAAUUGUUAUCGAGAAAAAAUUAUCAAACAAUGGUAAACUAACCAAUUUACCCUAUGAAACUUAUGAUUAUUCAAAGGUGAUUGGCUCAUGUUGUGAGAAUGUUGUUGGAUACAUGCCAAUUCCAGUUGGUGUGGCUGGUCCAUUGUUAUUGGAUGGUCAGGUAUAUUAUGUUCCUAUGGCAACAGUUGAAGGAUGUCUGGUUGCUAGCACAAACAGAGGAUGUCGAGCAUUGGCAUCUAGUGACGGUGUACGGAGUCGAUUACUUUCUGACGGUAUGACUCGUGGACCUGCUGUUAGGUUUCCUUCAGCAUUACAAGCGAGCGAUGUAAAGGAAUGGUUGAACAACGAAAAAAAUUUUGCUGAUGUAAAAGAAGCCUUUGAUUCCACUAGUCGAUUUGCAAAGCUACAGAGCAUAAAGUGUGCUCUUGCAGGGCGCUUGCUGUUUCUUCGUUUCAAGGCAACCACCGGUGACGCAAUGGGAAUGAAUAUGAUAUCGAAGGGCACCGAGCGGGCUUUGGCUUAUCUUCAAGAUCGCAAUCCAGAAAUGGAAAUUAUCAGCAUUAGUGGAAAUUAUUGUACAGAUAAAAAGUCCGCAGCUGUCAACUGGAUAGAAGGAAGGGGAAAAUCUGUUGUUUGCGAGGCUAUUAUACCUGCUAAUGUCGUAUCUAAAGUUUUAAAGACAUCAGUUUCCGCUUUGGUUGACGUAAAUACAAACAAAAAUCUUGUUGGUUCGGCAAUCGCCGGUUCAUUGGGAGGUUUCAAUGCUCAUGCAGCUAACAUUGUGACAGCUGUUUUCCUCGCGACUGGACAGGAUGCUGCCCAGAAUGUUGGUAGCAGUCAAUGUAUGACGUUGAUGGAGAGAUGUGGCCCUGGACAAGAAGACCUGUACAUGAGCUGUACAAUGCCAUCGAUAGAAGUUGGUACAGUGGGAGGUGGAACAGUCUUACAACCACAAGGUGCUUGUCUCGAGAUGUUAGGUCUGCUUGGAGCUCACAAAACUAAACCAGGCGAGAAUGCGGCUCAGUUGGCAAAAGUUGUUGCUGGAACUGUUAUGGCUGGAGAAUUAUCGUUAAUAAGUGCUUUAGCUGCAGGACAUCUGGUGAAGAGUCACAUGACCCAUAAUAGGUCCAAGGUUGACUUAAAAGAUAUGAUAAAAGUAUGUCCACUGCCAUAAUAGAAAUAAUCAAAGCGAACAUCAUCAUGGUUUUGGAUUUAAUCUGACAGCGAAGCAGUGAUUUGCUCAACUGUGAUUCAUACUGCUACGUUUCCCACUUUUGGAAGUAAUGGAACAAGAACAUUCCCAGGAACGUUUGCGGUUUGCCCAGCAAAUAGAAACUACACGAUGCUUCAAUGAUGUGCACACUUAAUUUAUUGUCACAUAAAACUGUUAAAUGUUCAUUUGUAUCUGAAAGCUAUUAAACUGUUGAAGUGAGUUGUUUUUAGUGCAAAGCUGAAUGGAAAUGUUACAAGAUAUUUUGUGUAAUAUGUGUAUAUUAUUAAAUUACGUAAACUUUCGUAACCAAAUGGUUUUUAGAAUUCCAA